AUGCACUCGUCGUUCUCGGAACCCAAUUCGCCACUGAAAGAAGUGCUCGGCGAGAAAUGGCAAACAGCUUCGUGCAGUGAUCUGGGCGACGAGUAUGUCAGGGUAAUCGAGAGAUUUAAUGGAAAUGAUACGAAUUCUGAAUAAAUUUUCAGCCAGGUCCGCUGGCGAAAGCUAAAUUCACCGCGUUGCGCAACAAACGGGAGGCCAUCGAUCGAUUUCUGAAACGGCAUCGAAAAGAGGACCUCAGUCUGUAUAUUGGUAUGAUUUCUGUUUGAAACUGAAUCAAAACGGACCACAUUCAGACGAACUCCGAGAUUUUGCGAUUUCCCCGGGAGGUCUCGUCGACGAUGAAUUUCGUGCCAUUAUUUGGCCAGUUUUAUCCGCGAAUUUGGUGUGCAACGACGAUUUGGGUAGGAAUUCUGUUGCUCUGAAGAGUUUUGCCAAUAAAACUGUUAUUUAGAUGACGUUUCUUCGUCGUACGAUUCGGAUUUCGAGUCAGCACAGUCGGAUUUCGAUGAGUCACCCGUUUAUGAAGUUAGAAUUUGGCUAUUCCAGCACAGAAGUAUUCGUUUUCUAGGAAAUCAGCGAACUGACAUUGGAAGAUUUGAAAGGACACAAAGAAUGGCAUCAGGUGGAACUGGAUGUGCACCGGACGCUCGCAAGAUUCCCUCCGAACAUAUCGGAAGCACAUCGGGAUGUUCUACAGACAGACCUAAUUCCAUUGAUUGUACGGGUGCUUAGUAUCAAUCCACGGUUCAAUUAUUAUCAAGGUAACCGAACAUUCUAUUUUCAUUUGAUAACAGAUCUGUUUUCAGGGUUCCACGAUAUUUGUCUGACUGUUCUUCUCGUUUGUGGACAGGAAGACGCGCUGCCCGUCUGCUCAAACCUGGCUAAAAACGGUUCAUUCAACAAUUAUCUUCUGAAAACACUCGAAAGGUCGGUCGUCCGGGAACUCGACCUUCUCUACGUAAUCCUCUCUCGCGUGGAGCCCUCGCUGGAACGAGUAAUGCGCUCCGUCGAACUGGGCACAAUGUUCGGUCUCUCGUGGCCGCUCACUUGGUUCAGCCACAGUCUCCAGCAGUACCAGCAGAUCGUCCGAUUCUUCGACGUCUUUUUGGCUUCCUCGCCGCUUCUUCCGAUCUACGUGUCAUCUGCGAUCGUCGUCUAUCGGAGAGCAAGCAUUCUUGCGUGCGAAAGGGAAAUGCCUUUCCUUCAUCGCCUCCUCACUGAAAUGCCACGAGAACUGCCGAUUGACGCCAUUAUCAAGGAUGCUGUGUAAGCAAGGUUACUCUUGAUCUCAAGAAAAUAUCUUAUUUCAGAUACUUGUCAAGACUGAUGCCGCCGUGUCUUCUGAAGACGAAGUACAUGAACGAAUAUCGGAAAAUCGUAAAAUCAUCAAUUCCGUCUUCCUUCCACAUUCACACUUCUUCCAGGUCGCGAAGCCGCCUCGAGCAUCCGUCAAAACGAUUCCCCGCUACGCCCUCCAAUUCAUGUUCGUCGCCGGAACCGUCGGAGCAGCCGCCAGUUUCUUUUUCUUCAAACAGAUCCAUCCGAUGUGA